GGGCGGGCACAUCUCAGAACUUUUGUUUAGUGUGUUGUGUGAGUUAGUUUCCGCCGCUGGGGCAGAGGCGCCGGCCAGGCUGGGCCGGGCUCGGGGAAGUUACUGCUCGGUCGGGCUUGUUCUGCCAGUUGCUGCUGCCGGUUGUGUUUUCCGGCUGUGAGGGGCUGAGCAGCAGCAGCAGCGGGGGAGGCCCGGCCUGGGCAGCGGGGUAUGCGGGGUGGGGAGCCCGGGCUCUGAGUCGCCGAGCCCCGGUACGGACGCGGAGCCAUGGAUCCCGGGCAGCCUCAGCAGCAAGCGCAGCCCCCGGCGCAGCAACAGGCGCCGCCGGGCGCCCCGUCCGGCGCGGGGCAAACCCCGGGCGCGGGGCCUCCUCCGGCCGGGCACCAGAUCGUGCAUGUGCGGGGCGACUCGGAGACCGACCUGGAGGCGCUUUUCAACGCGGUGAUGAACCCCAAGGGCGCCAAUGUGCCGCACACGCUGCCCAUGCGGCUCCGCAAGCUGCCCGACUCCUUCUUCAAGCCGCCCGAGCCCAAGGCCCACUCGCGCCAGGCCAGCACUGAUGCAGGGUCAGCAGGAGCCUUGACUCCUCAACAUGUCCGAGCUCAUUCUUCUCCAGCUUCGCUGCAGCUAGGAGCUGUCUCUCCAGGGACACUUACCCCCUCUGGAGUAGUGACUGGUCCUGGAGCUUCACCUUCUUCUCAACAUCUCCGCCAGUCUUCAUUUGAGAUUCCUGAUGAUGUACCUCUGCCACCAGGUUGGGAGAUGGCUAAGACACCAUCUGGCCAGAGAUAUUUUCUGAAUCACAUUGAUCAAACAACAACAUGGCAGGACCCUAGGAAGGCGAUACUUUCACAGAUGAACGUUACAGCCCCCACCAGUCCUCCAGUGCAACAGAAUAUAAUGAAUUCAGCAUCAGGCCCACUCCCUGAUGGAUGGGAACAAGCCAUGACCCAGGAUGGAGAAAUUUACUACAUAAACCAUAAGAACAAGACCACAUCUUGGCUAGACCCAAGGCUUGACCCACGCUUUGCGCUCCAGAUCUUCAGCGGCAGGUCCUUCACUCGCUCUGGGUCUUCGGUGGCAUUUCAGCCGCAGGUCCUUCAGUGCCAUGGAACACCCGGAGCACUGCCAGCUAUGAAUCCGCGAAUCAGCCAAAGUGCUCCAGUGAAACAGCCACCCCCACUGGCUCCUCAGAGUCCUCAAGGUGGAGUGAUGGGCGGGGGAAGCUCCAAUCAACAGCAGCAGAUGAGACUGCAACAGCUGCAGAUGGAGAAAGAGAGAUUGCGACUGAAGCAUCAAGAACUGCUUCGGCAGGUGAGGCCACAGGCAUUGCGGAAUAUCAGUCCCAGCACAGCAAAUUCUCCAAAACGUCAGGAGUUAGCUCUCCGUAGCCAACUUCCAACUAUGGAACAAGAUGGUGGCUCUCAAAAUCCAGUGUCAUCUCCCGGAAUGGCUCAAGACCUGAGAACAAUGACUACAAAUAGUUCCGAUCCCUUUCUUAACAGUGGGACAUAUCACUCCAGAGAUGAGAGCACAGACAGUGGCCUCAGCAUGAGUAGUUAUAGUGUACCCAGAACUCCUGAUGACUUCCUGAACAGCGUUGAUGAAAUGGAUACAGGUGAUAUCAGCCAAAGUAACAUACCUUCCCAUCAGAACCGUUUCCCAGAUUACCUUGAAGCCAUUCCAGGGACAAACGUGGACCUUGGGACACUGGAAGGAGAUGGGAUGAAUAUAGAAGGAGAGGAACUGAUGCCAAGUCUGCAGGAGGCUUUGAGUUCUGACAUCCUUAAUGACAUGGAAUCUGUAUUGGCAGCCACCAAACUAGAUAAAGAGAGUUUUCUUACUUGGUUAUAGAGGCCUCAGGGAGACUGCACUGUAAAUCUGUGAAGGAUCUAAGGAGAUAAGACAUCUGUACCUGAAGUUCAAAACAAGCCAAUGUGGCAUACUUUUGGUUUGUGGUCAGAAAAAAUAAACAAACAAAUAUUCAACAAGAUUCUUUCAUCCAACAUUUUGCUCUUCCUUGUCCAUCGCUGCUGUUAUAGAUUGCUGACCUCUCUCACAGUUGACUCUGAAGAAUAGACAUCUUUGUGAUCUUUUUCUAUUGCUGUUUCAACUACUGUUCAGUUGGGAGCAGGGGGAUGAUGAGCCUGUUUGGAUGACAAAUGCCAUUCCUUUUGUACUAAUAUGCGCUUGCAUAUCAUUUUAUCUAAGGACUCAGAUUUGUGAGUUAACAUCUGCAUGUCACCACUUGUAGUUUGCUCAGCUAGUUGUCUCCUCUGCUGCCUGUGGCAAGUGGUAAAACACAACUUACUGGUCUGAAAAGCCCAAAAAAGGAUGUAUCUGGUCAAAAGAAGUCAAUACUGAUUUGCAGAUAUAGCUCAAAGGAGGGCUGAAGACUGUUUGACGUUAAGUGUUUGUUACUGCUAGCUCUUUCUGUAGGCAACAGAAUGUUCUUGUUCUUAUUUUAUGGUAUAGUAAAUCAUGAAUCAUUUUAUAUAGAAACUUAUAUCAACUUUUGAUUUUCACCACGUACUCUAGGCUAACUUUUGUCAGUCAAAAACUAGAGGAGUUUUUGUUUUGUUUUCUGUUUUGUUUUGUUAGUGAAUUUAAUUAUAGAUAUAGCUUGGGACGUAAUUGUAGGUGUUCUUUUUUAAUAGUGAAAUCUACAUUUUCUGAUUUCACAGUCUUAUUUAAGUCUCAAUUGUCUGCUUUUUUUAUAUAUCUAAAAUGUCUAUUUUAGCUAAAUAACUAGUGAGUACAUAUGGUUUUAUGUUUUGCCCGUAACUUUUAUUUUUAAAGGCUAGCUUUGAAUGUAAUCAUUAGAAUAAAUGACCAGUGGCUUAUUUUUCAUAUCUGCUUGCAAGAAUUUGAAACUAGAAUCUGGUUGCAGCACUUUGAGAAUGAAGUGUCCUAUCUAAGCUUUUAUAAUGCCUUUUAAAGUAGCGGGAAACCAUACACUACAUGUUUUUAAUUGACUGUUACAAGUAAUUUCUUGGGAUUAGGUUUUAAUUUUGAUUAAAUCAGUGAGUUUAGAUUGUGAAGUCCAUGAUGGGAGACAACUUAAUGAAAAGUCUUUCCUUAAUUUGCAUGGAAAAAUAAUCUAAAUUGUCAUCUCACUUUCUACUGUAAUGAAAACACUAAAAAAGAAAAAAAAUGAAGACUGUCCUAAACAAAAUAAGUAUUUAGUUCUGUGUGGUGAAAUAUAAGCCCUGGACGCUAUGUGUAGAAGACUGUAAAGAUAUGUGUUAGAUGGUGACAUGAGCAGGUAAUGAAGUGUAUAUUAGUAGAGUUUAGUGCAGGGGUAGAGAUGAAUAUGACUUACCUAUAUUUUAACAGGAAAAGAUGUAACACUAAAACAUCUGCAGGAGUUGACACAGUUUCCAAAGAGUAUUUUUAAAUGAACAAAACGAGCAUGAAUCAAACUUUCAGUAUAAGCUAUGAAGUAAUUUUUUGAUGAUUAAUAGUGGCACCAGCUAGCACCUCUGUAAUUAAGGGUUUGAGGGUCUGUCAGCAUUCACAUUAUAAGUCCUUAUUUUCAAGGGUUUAUAACUGGACCAUAAAAAGACUUUAGGUAUGAAACUUGGUAUGAAAAGUCUCAGCCUGAAAGGAAUUUUUUUAAAGAAAUUGUUUUAAAGGGCUUGACUAUUUUUUAAGAUAUAGGAGUAAAUUAAAAAAAAACAAGAAUUGUUUUUCAGUUCUUCUGUACUCCAGAAACUUAAAAUGGCUGUAUUUUAUAUUAAUUUGUAGACUAUUAACCUAGAAGGACUCUUUAGUCCUGGAGUUUUAAAAAUUGCUUUAAAAAUUAAAGCAGCAGAAAUUGAGAUGUGAAAAAUUGCCACUAAGUACUUACAUUUGCUAUUUCUCAUGAGGAUUUUGGUACUCAGAAAUUACAAAAGCAUAUGUGGAUUGUUGCAGAGUAUGGUUUUUAAAGUGUUGAUUCUCACUGAGGCAUCUUAACAGCAGUUACGUUCUACUACACCAAUAGUCCACGGAUUAGUAGGCCACUUACAUGCGCAAUAACAGAAACAGCCCUUGAAACGGUAAAUUGUGUCCAUAGCAGGGAUUAUAGGAGCAUCUCACAGUCCCAUUAAGAAUUCUUCCCUCUUUCCUUCCACCACUUAACAGAAGAUAUUUUAAAAGACACUACACUGUUUAAAAUAAAUUGAAUGGUCUGAUAUAAAACCACAAAAGCAAGGAAAUUCAAAGUUUUGAUGAGCAUAGGUCAAGGUUUUUUUUCCCUUGCUUUUAUGUGUUUCUCAUAGCUUUAAUGUUGGAAUGUUUUCUUAUUGUAAAAACUCUAAAUAGCUUAUACUAUAUUUGGAUAGCACUGCUGGGGUAGGUACUGACAAACUGGGAAUUCUUGAAUUGCUGUGACAGUAAACCUGUUUUGUGAUUCUUUAAUCAACUUUAAGACAUUUCCGUUCUCUUUCAUUUAUUAGGGAAUGUACCUUUAAAGAUGCUGUACUGUUGGCAAUUGAAAUUGAUUUGGAUUUUAUUCUGCAAAAGCAGAAGUGAUGAAGUGGUUAAAAUUUGUUUGACGUACAAGAGUGUUUUGGGUAGUAUUUUAUACUGAUUGAUGUAUAUAUUUAAACAACAAAAAUCAUUGUCCUAAUGUUAUAGGUUCUAGAUUUAAGUAUACCGUGUUCAGAAUACAGAGGAGGCAUGUUAACUCUACUGUGCUUUAGCAGUAUCAUGGCAGACAAAUGCUUUGGAAUAGGCAACAGUGUCAGUAAAUCACAUGGAUCAAAAAUUGUACCAAUCAGUGUUGGAACUGAAGCAAUGCAAAAGAAGAAGAGACAAUUUCAACAUGAUUAACACUUUACAUAGCUUUUGCACAUCUGGUGAAUUAGUACUAAAGUGACUUUUCACUUGCAAGCAUGGUUUUAUACAAAUAGCCAGUGUGCCUGUCUAAAAUAAUUACUUGUUUUUCUGUAUCUUGAAAAAGUACUCUCCACAUUUUAAAUGUUCUAUGUUAGAGAACUCUUGAAUGCACCCUUGUCAAAAAUAUAUAUAUAGUUAUCAAUGUUACUUUUUAGAUGUAAGAGCAUGCCUGUUAGGUACCUAAGUACAUUCUGUUACAUUAUUUUUCUUUAUGUAAUACUUUUUCAGUUGUUUUAUGUGAUAUAAAUAUAUACUUUGUUCUUAAAA